GAUCCUGUUCUCCAAACGUGGAACGCGAGUCCAUACUUGGACGUCAUCUCUUGACUCUCUGUGCAUAUGCGACGAACACGGCAGCGGUGCCCUAGGGCCCACGCGUCAAAAAUAAUCGCUAACUCUUCUAGCUACACUAGCAUAGCAGCUACACGGAUCGGAGAGGAGCAGACGUAGUAGCCAGAGCACCAGCAGCGCCACUGAUCGAUUCGAAGCCAAGAUUUUAGUCGUACACAGAAGCAUGGAAGGUGCAGGAGAGGAAGCUCGGCCGGUGCUGCUGCCGCCGGUGCAAGAGCUCGCCGGCCAGCUGGGCGCCGCGGCCGACGUGCCAGCUCGGUACGUCGCGCGCGCAGGCGCAGGCAACGACGACGACCGCAAGGCCACGGAAACCGCGCUGGUCCCCGCCAUCGACCUCGCCCGCUUGUGCCAGCCGGGCGGCGAUGGCGGCGCCGCCGACGAGGCCUCGAAGCUCCGGCUGGCGCUCCAGUCCUGGGGUCUCUUCCUGGUGACCAACCAUGGCAUGGAGGCAUCUCUGAUGGACGCCAUGAUGGACGCGUCGAGGGAGUUUUUCAGGCAGCCGCUGCAGGAGAGGCAGAAGCACAGCAACAUGAUCGACGGCAAGCACUUCCAGAUCGAAGGGUACGGGAACGACUGGGCGCCGUCGGAGUCGGAGGAGCAGGUUCUGGACUGGACCGACCGCCUUUACCUCAAGGUGGAGCCUCAAGAGGACAGGAAACUUGACCUAUGGCCCACAUGCCUCAGGGAUGUUCUGCACGAGUUCACCACAGGAUGCACGAGAGUGAAGGACUGUCUGCUUCCAGAAAUGGCGAAGCUGCUGGAGCUUGACGACGGCUAUUUCAUUGACCAGUUUGGCGGCAAGGCUGACGCCUAUGCCAGGUUCAGCUACUAUCCUCCAUGCACGAGGCCGGAUCUCGUCUUCGGCCUGAAGCCUCAUUCUGAUGGCACAUUCUUCACGCUUCUCAUGGUAGACAACAGCGUUGGUGGACUUCAGGUUCUCCGAGAUGGUGUCUGGUAUGACGUGCCCACCAGACCUCACACCCUGCUCAUCAAUCUAGGUGACCAAAUAGAGAUAAUGAGCAAUGGGAUCUUCAAGAGCCCAGUUCAUCGGGUUGUAACAAAUGCUGAGAAAGAAAGGUUAUCAGUGGCUCUGUUUUAUUCAAUAGAUCCUGAAAGAGAAAUCCAGCCUGCGGAUAAACUGAUAGAUGAGAACCAUCCAGCACUAUAUAAGAAGGUGAAAAUCAAGGAAUAUAUUGCUGGCCUCUAUGAACACGUCGCUCGAGGGGAAAUGGUUAUCGAGACUGCAAAGAUAUAGAUGUGAUAUCUAUGUAACGAAUAAGGGACCUGAAUGAAACCUUGCAAUUCCAAAUAUUAAUAAAAUUAUUCUUUAGUAAGAAA